AUGAUAAUACUUAAACACAUUCACAAGGCUACAUUUUUGGAAAUAGUGUUAGGCGAAAAUACACCAGUUGUUUCCGAUUCAUGUGUGCCGUCUACAAGUAGUUCACAUAAUGUACAACCUAUAUCAUGUAUUGAGGUAAAUGAUGACACAACUACUGAAUUAGUACCUUUAAAGCGUCAGAGGUCUAUACAAAAAAGUUUUGAAGAUAUUGCUUCUUAUUCCGAUGGUGACAAGGCAAGAAAAAUUAACAACGCUAUUGUAUAUAUGAUUUGUAAAGAUUAUCACGCGUUCUCACUGGUAGAGAAUGAAGGUUUUAAACAUCUAAUAAAAGUGCUAUCGCCGCAUUUUAAAGUUCCAUGUAGAGGUACUGUGACACGUUGGGUCGAUAACAAAUAUGAAGUUUUAUCAGAAGUAUUGAAAACUAAAUUAAUAACAGUGGGCAAUAUUACUUUGACAACUGACAUUUGGUCUGAUUUUCAAAUGCGAAGUUUUUUGGGUGUCACAGCCCAUUUUGGUAUUUCAACUGAAUUUCUGUCGAUAACGUUGGGGGUAUACCACCUCUAUGAAAGACACACUUCUGAAUAUUUAUCAACUGUUAUUACCAAGGUAUGCAAUGAAUGGGGCUUUCCAAAAGAUAAAGUUACCGCAGUAGUAACAGACAAUGCAGCCAAUAUGACAAAAGCUGAAGAAUUGGCCUUUGGAAAAAAGAAGCACAUUCCGUGCUUUGCGCACACACUAAAUUUAGUUGCGCAAAAAGUACUAAAUAUCUCAGAGUUGCAGGCAUUAGUAACUAAAAUAAAAAAUAUUGUCGCUUUCUUUAAACAAAGUUGCGUAGCAAGUGACGAAUUAAGAAAAACGACAAAAGCUGAUGCAAAACUUAUCCAAGAUGUACCUACUCGUUGGAAUAGCACGUUCUAUAUGAUCGAAAGGUUUCUAGAACUUCGAAAUGCCGUAAGUGAUAUAUUACUUCGACACAAAACUGCCCCACCAAUGUUGACAGCUACAAAAGAAAUAUCCGGUGAUACAUAUUGCAAUAGCAGCAAAGUUAUUCAGCUAGUUCACUGUAUGGUAUCGAAACUAAAAGCUCUUGAAAUUGAAGAACCCUUGUUAAAUGAAGUACAUAAAAUGGCUCUUAUUGAAAUCAACAAGCGAAUGGGUGCUAUCGAACAUGUAUCACUUCUGGCUAUUGCCACAUUAUUGGAUCCACGGUUUAAAAAAAUACAUUUUGAAGAUCCACUUGCAUGUUCGAAAGCCGUUGGGAAAAUCCAAGAAAUGAUAAGAGAUAUGGCAGACGAAAAGUCUGGGGAUGGCGACUCCGAUAUUUCAGACAAUCCGAUAGACGAAUUUAGUCUCUGGAGUGAUCACCACAAAUUAGUUCAUAGAAAUUGGAAAACAAAUAGGACUGAGGAACUUUUCUGA